AAACCAAUUCAAAGCUCUCUCAUCAUCAUACCCAUUUCAAGAUGUUCUGUUGUGGAAGUGGAAGCUUUCAUCGCCAAGAAGAUGAAGACAUGGAACCCUCUAGCCUUUCUUCAGCACGCAAAGGAUCAAGAAGAAAAAGUUCACGCAGAAGUAAAACUAGCAAGAACCCAUAUGCAGACCGAGGACUUGAUAAAUUCUCUGCACUUUUAGCUGAACUUGAAGACAAGAAGCAGAAGAUUUACACAGAAAUAGGCUCAGAUGACAUUUCUUUCGUUCGAUUCGUUUACUCAAACUCCAAUGACAUCAAACCCAUCGUGGUGAAGUUGAAAGACAAAAAGCAAGAGAACCCCAUUGUUGAUAAUGUCCAAGAUCAGCAAAUGAUAGAUUCAGUAGCCUCGGAUAAGCCUCAGAUUGAGCUCUCAAAGUCUGUUAAUGAAAUCGGAAAACCGCCAAACGAAUCGGAGCAGCAAAACGCUAAGAAGAAGAGCAGGUUUGCAUGGAAUAUGAAGAUGGGUAAUUGGGGAAGGCCUUCUUAUUACUUGCCGGCGGUUAUAAUCUUUAUUUUAUUGAUCUUGACUGUGUCUGGGAGAUCUUUUGCGAUAUUAUGUACAACUUUUGUAUGGUACAUGGUUCCUACUAUUAAAGGAAGGAGCUCAAAUUUGAGACGAUCAAAGAAGAAGAAAGAUUAUGGAAGAAGAUUGAGUUCUCAGAAGAUGAUUGCAAGUGUUGGAUUAGCAUCUCCCGAGUCUUCUUCUCCUAGGACUACUGUUAUAACCAGACCGGUGAUCGAAAAGUCGGCUGGACAACAAGGCCAUCGGAGAAGCUGGUGAAGAUCAUCCAUCUUGAUUCUUUAUUGUGUAUGUGUUUUUCAUCUCCUUUUUUUGCCCUUUUGGGUGAAAUUUUUUGAUUUUGUCGAUAUAAAAGCCGAUUUUUUGUUGAACUUGUUGGGUGGGAUUGGAAAUUCAAUCUCUCUUAGACAUGUUCAUUAGUGUAAAUUAUUCUGUGUUGUUGAAC